AUGUCAGACCAUCCGGGUCGCAGUACGCCAGCGGCGUCUGGCCUACGCGCGGAGGACACUGUCCCUACCAACCCUUUCGCCCCCACAUGGGCCUUCCCUCCCGGUCACCCCUCUUGCGACGUCACCGACGGGGGAGCGGUCGAUGACGAAGACGUCUUCAGCGCUCAAGCCAUCCCGCGCUACAACCGUGAUGAAGCGGUCAAUUUCCCGGUCGCCGAGAGCAUGAGCGCCUACAGCCGUGGCCAGACGACGACCACGGCUUCGCUCAUGGCUGCCCAGGCCGCACCCAGCUUCUUCCGCCAAGUACCCACCUCUGUUCGAACUACCCGAGCCAAUCGAUCGGAGAACCGACACAAAGUAGAAGGCGUCGACACGCAGAUCUACUACUCCCCCGAGGCCUGUGGACUCUGUACGAGUACCUUCGAUACGCCCCGUACCCCUGCGACAUCAUCAGCGGAGCGUGAUUUGUGCAUGGUGGCGACAAUUACCUCGCCCACGUCGGCAUCGGACGCUGUCAACAGCGCCGACGCGGUCGGCCGCGAACUGCAGCGAGUCGAGCGAAACGUCCUGAACGGCCUCGCGGCCUAA